AUGCACCUUAUUGCCGACAACCAGCCAAAACGCAGCAUUGAAGAAGCUCUCGACUACGGCCCUGGUCGCCCAUGGUUUUACACGUGUAUGGACCCCUCCGGGCAAGCGAGCAGGAAUCGACCGCACAGGAGGGGAGCCCGAGGGACGCCGUGCAUGAGCGGUGCUAGCGCCGCAGCUUCCGAACGAGCACCCCUUGGAUUCCGCCCGUGA